AUGGCUUCCAACGACGUGGGCUGCCUUGACGGUGUCCUAGGCUUCGACAUGGGCAGCACAGAAACCCGCGUGGUUCUUGCGUGGGAUGACGGCGCCAAUGUCCAAAAGCGGGUCAUUGAGAAUCGCGAUGACACACACACCCUUCUCAAUGCCACAGCCCAGUUCUCAACUCGCGUUCUCGUACACGAUGACGAACCCGUCAAGUACUUAGGCAAUGCCAACCAAGUUAACCGCGAAGAAUCUUCGGCUAAAUUCAUACCCUACAUCCUUGUUGGCAAGAACGAGAAGUUGAGGGAGCAAUACCUCAUCCUCGAGCGACUGUGGGACGAGAGAAAGAAGGUCAGAAAGUCGGAUUUCCACACUCGUCUGGAGGAGGCGUUCAAUCAAUUCCUGUGCUUCGUUCUCAAGAGAACGAAGUCCGCACUUCAGACGUACAGCAGCGACGGAAAGCAGAUACAAAUCAAGACGGUCGCCCUGACGAUUCCCAGCCAAUGGGAUAUCAACUUCGAAGAAUUAUACAGGCGACUGUUCACGCGAGCCUUCCUGCAAAUCUUCGACGAUACGCCCCAGGCCGCUGCUCGUGACAUGUCUGUGGUGUUCCACACGGAGGCAACUGCACUUGCACAGUACAUCUUCCACGAGGCUUCUCACACGGGUGCUCUUGGUGGAGGCAUGCCCCGUAUUGGCACAAUACUUGGCAGGCCUAAUGCUCAGUGCUUGAUCGACUGCGGCGGACACAAUGCGAACAGCACCUUGACGCAAUUCCAUCCAAACAAGGAUGGACAUGGUGUGCUAUAUGAGCUCGCAAAACCACAAGGUGCCGGUGGUGGCUCCGAGAUGUGGAUUCAUGAUUUGUUGAAUCAGCUCAUCGAGCAGUACCGUAUCGAAAACAAGGACCAGGCCGAGUUACCUCAAGGGUUCUAUCAAGACCUCAAGCGAAAGAUCACCACAAGUCUGGGAACCCUCAUGCAGGAAGCCUUCGAGUUUAUAACAUGCAAGCAUCCGAGGGGGUUAAAUCAACCGGUCUGUCUCAGGAUUGACGAGGAAAUGUGCGAGAAAGCCUUUCAGACGGGCUUCAAGCACGUCAAGGCCAUGAUUGAGAGCCAGCUGCAGGGACUCGCAACCAUCAAGCAGGGAUGGGCAACCAAAGACCACGUCGUCACCGUCAUUGUGUCUGGUGGAUCGUCUCUGCAUCCCGGGUUCAUCAAUUGGAUCAAGGAGCUCUGCAUGAAGCUCAACCUGCCUGCGCCACUGUUCACGAAGGCAAUGGAGAUUCACUAUGCGCCCGCCCGAAUCGCCCUCGGUGCUGCAUACGCAUCGCUCGCUUCAGAUUCCGUUACGUCCUUUGCAGAGAAGUGCGCAUUCGGCCUUCAGAAGGGCAACGUCAUCAACCAGGGAGAGAACGAUGAGCACCUCGACUUGGAAGGCUUCGCUAAUACCAUCUGGUACAAGGAGCGGGGUGCUGUACCUGUGACGGUUGUUGCCACAGGCGAUCAGGCCGAGUACCGAAUCGUUUGCGAACCUUUCCUCGAAUCUUACCGAGGGGUUCUGCCAACUGACCGAAGCAUGGCCCGAGGGUCGAGCUACGACUUCUUGAACAUCGGAACUCUGCCCGACGGUUACAAGCACCGCAUCGAGUUCAAGCUCAAUGACAAGGAGGAGCAGGUUGAGCUCAAGAUUUACCGCAUUCCAAAGCCCCUGUGUAGCAAGCUGGAGAGCUACGCUCGUCAAACAGCCAGAAAGGAUAAGUCAACCGAUGAGAUUGACUCCCAAAUCGCAACCGCCAUGGAAGAUUACCACGAUGACUCCGACUACGAUGAUACCGACCUCGAUGAGACUUAUCGUGAUGACUCCGAGGGGGAUGACAGCUACCGCGAUGAUACCGAAGGGGUUGACAACUAUGGCGACGAUGCCGAUGGCGCUAUUGACUACCCCGACGAUGUCGACAAUGAAGACAUGCCCAGCAGCGCCCGCCCCGGCCCAUCCUCCGGCCUCGGCAUCUCUCGCCACGAUCCGGGCCCAUCUUCGGACAUCAACGACUCCCACAGGCGAGACUACACCAGCGGAGAAGACGAUGAGGCGGAGGACGAUGAUAAGGAUGAUGGGCAACUUACAUCCGAAAAGCGGCCCAAGAACCGCAGUGUAGGCCAACGCUUGCGAGCCGCUAAACACCUCGCAAAGAUCAAGGUAAAAGAGGCGCGAAUAGCUCACAGAAUGGCGGUGGCCGCAGUAAACAAGGAUAGACGACAGAAGCAAGGACAUGGUCAGCCUUCGGAAGCGCGGAAACAGCUACAGCAAACGCAGGGAAAGUUGGAGCGAGCGAAGAGAAAGCUGGAGCAGGUGCCUGAUCGAUUCGGCGCCAGCCUCCUGCAUGCGGACGUUGAUCACCAGGCCGCUGCAUCGAAUAAUGCUGGAAUAGCGAACAAGGCCUCCGCUACCAAUGCAUUCACUUCCACCAGCAGCAACUCUUCUUCCGCCAGAGGUGCCAUUGCUUCCAAGGCCGACACAGCCCGUGCCACUGGCAACGCGUUCAGGGGCUCCAGAGAUGUAUCGGGCAGCGCUGCUUCCUACAGCCAGACGGGCUUUGGAGUCCCCGGUGGAACGCUGACUACCGCAUUCGGUGCUCGCCCUGGCCCACCCACAGGGCCUCCGCGGAACAACACUGUGUCAUCCAGCGGAGCGGCCUCUUCCAGCAGAUACAUGAGAUCUUCCUCCAUGGAUCCUGGAUACCAGGGCAGCGCUUCUGCGACCUGGAAGCGCCCAGCUUCUCCCGAGGAUGACGACCGCCGCCCCAAGAAGCGCACUCACACGAGUGGUGGAACCCUCAGCGGCGCGGCUGAUAUCCGAAGGCAGAAUGGCUCUCGUCGCGAGCCUGGCAGAGAUCGCGACACAAUAUCCUCGGCUAGACAGCACUCAGCUGUCUCGGAUUCCCGCCGCGAUCCCUUGGAGAGGCGCGACGGCAGAGAUGAGCGACCCUCCGCCGACACGGGCCGUUAUCCCAACCUGCAGGCGCCCUCCCGCAGAGCUGCUGGAGCUCAAGAGUUCACAUGGUCCAACCGCUACCGAGACCAGAACCACGAGGCCCCGGUUCAGCCCAUGGCGGUGCUCAACCUCGGCCGCAACGCGUCCGCCAGCGGUACGCGACCUCUCGAUCCGAUGCCCCCUCCCCCUCGCCGCGACGACAACGCUGCUCCACGAGCUUCGCCUGCUGGCAAUUUCGGCUCCAGGUCUCGUCCUUAUGACAGCUAUCGCCCAGCCUCAGGCUUUCUCUCUCGGCGGACCUCGGGCCCAGCAGGCAACUCUCAGCAGCCUCAGGGCUUCAACGAUUGGGACCGUGACAACCGCGGCGGACACCCACCCAGGAGCGAUUGA